AUGAAUCAAAAAAAACUAGAUUAAGAGUUUGAUACAAAUUUGAAUGAAAUUCUAAAUUUGAGAUUUAGCAUAUUUUUCUUUGAUAUUUAUAAGUUCUGAUGAAUUAUUUAUAUUUGGAGAGGAUUUUUAUAUGGUGAAAUAACUGAUAAAGUAAUUUAAAUUGUUAGAAAGCUCAAAUAAAAGUAUAGAUUAGACUUAGUAUAGAAAACUUCACAAUAGUUUUAUUAUUAAGAAAGCUCAAACACUAGAUUCUUGAGAAACCCUAAGUUUAAUUAAUAAUAAUAUUUACUUUUCUAAAAUAAAUCUAAAAGUAACUAUAAGGAUCAAUUUGCUUACCAUGAUUAAAAAUAAUUUGAGUAGUAAUCUAUCUAACGACCUUAAAAUUUUGCAAAUUAUGAAUACUAGUAGGAAUUAUAUAAUGAUAAUAUUCAUUUCUAAACUCUAUCAGAUUAAAAGGAAUCUUAUUAUUCAUACCAAAAAAAAAUGCAAUUUUUGCUAAUGAAACUUUGCAACAAGACAAUUAUCUUCCUCUGAUUAAAAAAAACAUUAGUCAAACUAUAUUAAAAAUACACGUGCAUGGAAAUAUUAUAAUUAGAAAUCAAAAAUGUAGUGAUAUCUGAAUAGGCUAAAUAUCGUGAAAAAGUAACUAAUGAGGUGGAUGCUUCUUUGUAAGUUGUAAAAUUAACAACUAAUGAAUACCUUCAGAAUAAUUAUAACUUCUAAUAUUCUUAAUAACUGC